GCCGGGUCAAGCUAUAAAGCGGAACACGCUGAUAUUUCGCAAUUUUAGUGUUUAAAGUGGUUAAAGUAUUUCGUUGAAGACAAAAUCAGCUAAUAUUCCUUUCAAAGUAAUGUACCGCGUAUUCACAAAUGGAUUAUGAGUGAAUUCUACUAUUUGGAUAUAUCGCUUAAAUUAGCUGCAGAACCGGAACAACUAUUACCUGUGUACUUUAAAAGCUGCCUAGAACAGGCUCUCGUUCGGAUUUUUGGAGAAAUUGGCGGCCAAACUACGGUAGAUAUACUGAAAUUCGACACCAAGCAGGCGCGUGCAAUCAUCCGGGUGCCAACCGAUUUCUACGUAAAGUUGCGAUCCGUGAUAUCGUUGAUCGGUCAAUUUCAGGAUAUUCCUUGCAGUUUCGUAGUUCACAAGGCGAGUCCACUUUUACUCGGAUUGGUGGAAACGAAUUUAGAAUUUUAA